AUCGCUAUAUGUUAUAUGAGCUUUUCAUACUGCUUUCUGCCAUUGAGCCAAGCUUCCUAAAAAUUGUGUUUACUUUUUUAUCCAGAGUCUGCAAUGAAAAAGCUGCUCACCACCACAUCUGUAAAUAAAGCACAGCUUGUGCUGCUUUGGUCAAUUUGAAUCCAUGAAAUUGGAAUGCAUUUGAAUUUUUAACUGAUGUUGCGAUGAGAAAAGACAAUGCUGUGAAGGAGUCCCAAAAGGUACUUGCUGAUGAUCCUUCCACACCAAACAGAAAACCUGUAAACCCAAGUGAUCCUACUUUGAAUUCGACCCGUAAAAAAAAGGUUGCAUUCAAUACCGAACUUGAAAAUUCUCCUGGAGGAAGCCGGCCUUCGUAUGGAACUCCUAAACGCGGUAUCUUAAAAACCUCUACUCCACUUUCUCGUUUAAAACAGACAGAUGUAUUAAACGAUGAGUCAAAUGGAUCCCUAGCUGAAGAAGCUACCACGUCAGAUGGCAUUCAAUCUUGGUUUCGUUCUGGUAUAGAGGAUCUUGAGCAUGUAGAGCGACCUGCGCGUAUUGAAAUCUAUUCCAAGCUAUCAUCAUUUAUAAAAACAUAUACCCCGAAUUUACCAGAAGAUCCCAUAUUCCUUCUUUUAAACCAACUUUGUUCGUUUUUGUUGUCUGAUAGAAGCGCUUGCUUAAACACUGGCAAACCCGACUUUCACCUAAACUGUCAAGCAAAUAAGCUACUUAGUGUACUUCUUUGGCAUCCAACCCUUUCUUCCCACAUUCAACCCGAUACCGCUAGCGUCUUCAUUGAGCAAUCACUUCAAAUUUUAGAAUCUCCUAAAUUAACGAAAGCAUUGGCUGCUCAGCAUUUGCAUCUUCUGUCCUGCCAAAAAUGUCCUUUGGCUAUUUCACCCUUAUGCGACCGCAUUAUAACCGUCUGCCUUACUUUGCCUUUCCCGUCCUUGGUAGUUGGCCAAGAGCGCCUCGCCGUGCUAAACAAGAUAUUAUGCCAACAUCCAAAAGGAUUUGCUCAAAGAGUCGCUGACUGGGCGCCUUAUCUGCUAGCUUGUCUCGUGGACGCUUCUAAACCGAUUCGUGAAAAAGCAUUGCUGCUGGCUUUAGAUUUGAGCAAAUAUCUGUAUCAUGAUAAGCUUAUCGCCCGUUCGAUCCUGUCAAGCUUUCAUACAGAAAUAGGAGGGACUAACUUUAUUUACAUAAUUUCUAGUCAUUUUGAGCGAUUAGUUACUGAAGAAGACGAUGGUGUAUACGUAGCUCAUGCCUGGGCAGCUGUUAUUUCAAUCUUGGGUGGUGCUCGCAUUUCCUCAUGGGAAUACUUUAAUGCCUGGCUGAAGAUUAUUCAACUCUGUUUUAACAGUCAAAACCCUUUAACAAAAUGUGCAGCUCAAACGUCUUGGAUACGUCUCAUUCACGAAUUCUCUCUUUCAGAAACGCUUACUCAGGCAAAUAAGCGUUUAACACUUUUAUGCCAACCAAUUGCUAUGGUCUUGAGUACUCGCAAUUUUCCGACUGUUAAAAACGCCGCAAUGAGUACCUUAACUGCUCUCAUCUAUGCUUGUUUAAGGCCAGGGAUAUCCAGUCCCAUGCUUUCGUUACUUUGGGAUACGGUGGUGGUAAAAAUAAUCGAAAAAUCCGCUCUGAAAAACGAUCAAACUAUGUCUGAAGCAGCCGAUAUUUUAAUCGCAUUAUUCGAUUCUUCUUCAAACAACUUUUGGAGAAACGAUCGUCUCGUACAGCGUGAAUUAAUCGAUACCAAGGAAUUACCUAAGCUCAAUCCAUGUUGGGUUCGCUCCAAUUGCCAAAAAACCAUCGAGCCAAUAAACUCUUUAAUUCUAUUAGCCAGACCAAACUAUAAUUUAAAGUCAAACCCGCAAGGUCGAAAACAAGGGAAGGGGAUGAGCUAUGAGCAUAGUUUUGUUGUAUGGUCUACGUUCGUUAAAUGCUUGUCUAGUGCAGGACAAAAGGAAAUAAAAAGAUCAACUGAUACCGGUAAGGCUAUUUGCUGUAUUUGUACUUCAUUACGCAAUUUUUUAUACACGAAAUCUUUACGAAAAGACGAGGUCUACAUUGAGAGGCUUACUCGCUAUGCUUCCAUGGUUCGUUGUACAGUAGAAGCCUAUGAUCUUCAACUUUUUGUCGAAAAUUCUUACUUGGUUUCAGAAAAUGAAUUGGUACUAAUGGAUCCUUUAGUGCACACUAUUGAUCAGGAACCUGUAAGUCCUUUAGUAUAUUUGCUGCAAUCAAUGGCGUCUCUGACAGAUGGAACUAUGUUUUCUACUUUGCAUGCUGCUUAUAGCAGUAUUUUAUCGCUCUUAGACGAAAGUAACUUAGGCCUUGCUGUUAAACUUCGCUUGUUUUGGAAUUGUGUAUCUCCUCUUUCAAAGAAUGAUAACUUAAUACUUGCUAGAGUUUUAGUUUCACACGAGGUUUCUCGUUCUGCCUCCGAAGCUUUCCUGUUUGAAGUGAAAAACAAGCAAAAGCGAAAUAUCCCCUAUGAAGAAUUUUUGGGAAAUGAACAUUCAACUGUUCUUAAACUAUUGAGUUGGAAUGUUAAGUAUUGCAGUAUAAGUGAUGCUGACAGUGUCGGUAAUCUUCUAAUUCACUACAGUAAUACAGUAUCUGAUCUUUACGGGGAAGAUAAAGUUUUGAUUUCUGUUAUUGAACCAUUUAUUUGUAUACUAUAUGAGGAUUUAAGUUUUGAAUCUAGCAAAAUUUUUUCAUUUGCAAUGGCUUUAAUGAAAGUCCCUGUUUUACAAUUUUUAGCUGAAAGUGAUCAUGCCUUGUUCGAUUCUGUUUAUUUUGAAAAAUACCGUGGAAGUUAUCUCAAACUAAUUUAUUUUUAUAAUACACUAUUGACAAAAGCUUAUGACUCUGACCAAUUGGAUCUGAAGUGUUUGUUUAUUGAAGCAAUUACGGACUUUAUGAAAAGCAUUCCAAAAAGCCUUCUUUUACAAACAGUUUUUGGGUUGGCGGAAGGCCUUUCUCGCUGGUUUUAUUUAGAAAACGUUAAUAGUUCUUUAAAGAACAGUUCACUUUAUAAAUUGAGUGUUGAGUUUUGUCAGCUUAUACUUAGACUUUUGGCUGAAGCUGAGCAGAGUCCAAAUGAAUUGAUAGAUAAACUUUCUCCAUUGAUUACUAUUGGACUUAAGAGCAAAGCUGCCGACAUUGUUGUCUCAUUCGUUUAUUUCUGGAACCAAACUUUUGGGUCCUUUGAAUCUGAAGAAUACCCUAUUGAAUUACAGAAGACGAUAAUAGAACUGUCCAAAGAUCAUUAUAUUCGGUUACCAUUUUCUUCACCAUAUUCUGAUCCUACAAAUUUAGCUAAUGAACAAAAUUCCCAAAUUGAUAACGGUAUUAUGGAAGGGGAAAAUAAUAAUAGAAGCACUGUUUCUAAGUCAAAUAAAAAAGAGGCUAACUCGAAGAAAAAGAGCAAGAAGGCUGGCUCCAAUAAGAAGAAAGAAAAUAAUUCAUCAGAAACAACAGUUGCCGAAAGUGGUAAACCGUCGCUUCAUUCUGAUGCUGAACAAGUAUCUGUGGAGUAUUCGAUCAUAACAAGAGAUGGCAAGAAUGGUACUAACAAUACGUUGAAUGGCUUAGCUGAAGGAUUGGGUAUUGAAAAGACCGUUGAUGAAGACGAUAAACGUUUUGAGAAUGAAGUAAACAUGGAAUCGAAUAAUAAUGAAAAUGGUCAAAGCGAAUACAUUAAUUCUCAACCCGGAAUUAAUGAUCAAAUCGACAUUGCUGGCAAUGUUGAUUCGAAUGUCUCUGCUGUCAACGAACCUCCGAUGGAAGCAGCUGAAUUAAUUGACUCAUCCACUGUAGAUAAUCGUGAAAUUAAUCUUGAAGGAUUUUACAGCACAUCAGAAGAAAAAUCAUCAACAGAUGGUAUUGGCAAUCUUAAUUCUACUUAUGAAAGUAACCUUUUACGAAGGAAUAGUCCAAGAACUGAAGAUGUUACCUUGCAAGAUCAGAGAAUCAUUGAUGCAUCCCAUGCAGUUAAUGGUAGAAAAAGAGAUUUCAUCGAUGAAGGAUUUGGAUUUGGAGCAAUUGGUUCAGCUGAAAACAAUAAAAAACGAUUUACUAGCCUCCUGUCGGAGGGUGGUGAUGUAGAUUCUGAUUCUACUCAUGUGACGAAUUUAAUAUCGUCUUUGGAUGAUUCAUUUACACCGUCAAGUGCUGUAAGAGUCUUAUCUGAAGCGACUAGUCAAAUUGAGGAAUCCAUUCAAGGAAUGAAGUCUGAAGAAGUUCUUCACUUGGGAGAUAUUUUGGGGCGGUUACAAAAAGCAAUAUUAUCAAGGGUUAAUUGAAAGAAAGUACAGGCUCAUACGUAUACGGAUGUUUAUAUUUCUUUUGAUCAUAAAACAGUUUUAUUAAUGGGUUCAUAGUAGUAUUUAAUACAUUAUAUUUAUAACAACAAUAGAUAAGUUUUAAA